UUGAUUUGGGAACGCAAAAAAUGUGUGUACCAUCAGAUCUAAAAAAAAUGGACUAUCAUCAAAUUUUUAAAACUAGAGCUUUCUGUUAGAGGUACAAACAACAAUAAGAUGUUCAAGGCUAAUAUAAGAUUGAAUGGUAUAGGGAGACAAAGCAUACGGCUGAAUUCAACCACUGCUCCUACAUAUAUCAGAAGAAGACCCAAGUUCAGAGACCUUAUGAAGGCUCCAGUGGUGAAAUCAAUAUUUUUAUCAUUGAUAUUUGGAACUGUAAUGGUAGAUUAUAUGAAGACAAAGAAAGAACUUGAAUUGCUUACUAAUACUCAUAAGACUAAAUUCAGUAUACUAGAGAAUAUCAUUGAAAAAUUGAAGAAUGGUGAACAUAUAGAUGUGGGAAGAGAAUUAAGAAUUGCUGAUAAGUUAACCAGAAAUAAAUAUGAUAGAGUGACUGAUAUUGAAUUAGAUGAUCAACUUGAUAAAUUUUUGAAAAUGGCAGAACUGACAGAACCAGUAGAGUUUGAAGUGGCUGAGAAAGAAGAAGUGGUAGUUGUAAAGGAGGUUGCAGACAAUGCUAAACCAUCAACUCAACCUACCAAAAUUGAUAGUAGUAAAUUUUUGUAAAUAUUUUAUUUAUUCGUUAAUUAUAUAUAUAGACUAGUUUUAAUAAAAACAACAA